UCUCGAGGGUGACUUCCGAAUUUGCGCCUUAUUAAGUUUGAACAACGUGAAUUUUUUGAAUCACGAUUUAGUUGAUUUUAAAGUCAAAGAUCUAUAUUUUAUACUAUUUCUAUUUACCCACACCUUCUGGUUCUACAUCCAGCGGUUAGUAUAUGGGGAUAUACAACAAAAAAGAGAAUGGAGGUAUCUGACGCUAACUUACAGACCCUGGGAGGAUAUCUGCAGCAAACUCUCUCACCAGACCCCGCCGUAAGAAAGCAAGCUGAGCAGUUUUUGGAAUCUGUAGAAGCAAAUCAGAACUAUGGACUUCUGCUUCUAACGCUGUUGGACAAAGAUGGAGUUGAGCCACACAUCCGAGUCAGUGCUGCUGUAACAUUCAAGAAUUUCAUCAGAAGAAACUGGAGAGUGAUUGAUACAAACAAGAUUCAUGACAACGAUCGUAACACAAUCAAACAACAAAUUGUUGGACUGAUGUUAAAGAGCCCAGAACAAAUUCAAAAACAGUUGAGUGAUGCUAUCAGUAUAAUAGGGAGGGAGGAUUUCCCAGACAAAUGGCCGAACCUUAUCACAGAGAUGGUGGAGAAAUUCCAAACGGGAGAUUUCUAUGUUAUCAAUGGAAUUCUUCACACUGCACAUUCCUUGUUUAAAAGAUAUCGACAUGAAUUUAAAUCCCAGAAACUUUGGGAGGAAAUCAAGUUUGUUUUGGAGAAUUUUGCCAAGCCCUUCACAGAACUUUUUAAUGCUACGAUGGAUCUGGCAACAAAGCAUGCAUCCGAUCCAAGUGCAUUAAAAGUGGUUUUCAGUUCUAUAGUCCUUAUAUGCAAGAUUUUCUACAGUUUGAAUUUUCAGGAUUUACCAGAACAUUUUGAGGACAACAUGAGUAUAUGGAUGACACAUUUUCUGACAUUGCUUAGUGCAGACAAUAAACUUCUACAGACACAGGAUGAAGAAGAGGCAGGGUUACUGGAGCAGGUUAAAUCUCAGAUCUGUGAUAACGUCGCGCUUUACGCCCAGAAGUAUGACGAGGAGUUCUCUCCCCAGCUUCCUGCCUUCGUCACGGCGAUCUGGAAUCUUCUGAUCUCAACAGGACUACAAGUCAAGUACGAUGAUUUGGUGAGCAAUGCUAUUCAGUUCCUGGCUUCUGUAGCUGAGCGCCCAUCAUAUAAACAUUUGUUUGAAGAUCCUUCAACUCUCGCCAGUAUCUGUGAGAAGGUUAUUGUUCCGAACAUGCAGUUUAGAGAUGCUGAUGAGGAGCUGUUUGAGGACAACCCUGAGGAGUACAUCAGGAGAGACAUCGAAGGAUCAGAUGUAGACACCAGAAGAAGAGCUGCGUGUGACCUUGUUCAGGCCCUCUGUAAGUCAUUUGAGGGGCCAGUCAUCCAGAACUUCUCUCAGUAUGUCCAGGGGCUCCUGCAGGAGUAUGCCUCUAACCCUGCACAAAACUGGAAGGCUAAAGAUGUAGCUGUGUAUUUAGUGACGUCCUUAGCAGCAAAGGCACAAACACACAAGCAUGGAAUUACGCAAACAAGUACCCUUGUCAACAUCACAGAUUUUUAUCAAGCUCACAUUUUACCAGACAUUCAGAAUCCUGAUGUUAAUGCAAGUCAAAUAUUAAGAGCAGAUGCCAUCAAAUACUUAAUGAUAUUCAGAAAUCAGCUCCCCCCUGAGGCCCUGGUGGUCAGUAUCCCUCACCUGGUGCGACUCCUGACCAUCCCCAGUGUUGUCGUCCACUCCUACGCUGCCCACACCAUCGAAAGGCUCUUAAUGGUCAAAAAGCAGGACGGCAGCGGCCCAGUUGUUACACAUGGACAAAUUCAAGGUUGUGUUAAUGACCUGAUGUCUAAUCUUAUAGGAGCUAUGAAUCAUCCUGGUUCAUCAGAAAAUGAAUAUGUUAUGAAAGCCUUAAUGAGAAGCAUGUCAACGCUACAAGAAGAUCUGCUACCUCUGAUGGGGCAGUUACUGAAAUUCCUCACUGAAAAGCUGGGUCAAGUCAGCAAGAAUCCCAGUAAGCCCCACUUCAAUCACUACCUGUUUGAAUCUAUGUGCGUGGGAAUCCGGACGACCUGUAAACACAAUGCAGGGGCGGUGGUUCAGUUUGAACAAGUCCUUUUUGAACCAUUCACAUACAUACUACAGCAAGACAUCCAAGAAUUCUCACCGUAUGUUUUUCAAAUCCUGUCUCUGUUAAUUGAUCACCACCAGGAGGGGAAAGUGGCCGACACGUACAUGGCAUUGUUUCCCCACUUGUUGGCCCCUGCCCUAUGGGAGAGGCCUGGUAACAUCCCCCCUUUGGUUCGUUUGUUACAAGCUUAUGUAGAGAAGGGACCCAAGCAAAUAGAGGCAGAAAAAAUUAAUGGGUUGCUGGGGAUAUUCCAAAAAUUAAUAGCCUCCAAGACAAAUGAUCAUGAAGGAUUUUAUCUCCUUAAUUCCAUGUUGGAGUUUAUGCCAAGGGAGAUGUUGGAUCAAUACCACAAACAGAUCUUUAUUCUUCUGUUUCAAAGACUGUCCAGUUCUAAGACUACAAAAUACAUCAAAAGUCUUCUUGUAUUCUUCUCAAUGUAUGCUACUAUCAUUGGAGCCAGUCAGCUGAUAGAAAUCAUUGACGGAAUUCAACCGAGGAUGUUUGGGAUGGUGAUAGAGAGGCUGUUUCUACAAGACAUGCAGAAAAUCUCUGGUGACGUCGAGCAGAAAAUCUGUGCUGUAGGGGUGACCAGCAUUCUGACGGAGGCUCCAGCCAUGCUGCAGAACUACGAGGCGUUCUGGUGCAAACUACUUCAGGCAGUUAUCAGUUUAUUUGAAUUACCCAAGGAUGAAUCAACUCCUGAUGAUGAACAUUUCAUUGAAAUUGAAGACACUCCAGGCUACCAGACUGUAUACUCACAGUUGGCUUUUGCCGGAAAGAAAGAAAACGACCCAUUUGCAAAGUCAGUACCUGACGCUAAAAUUCACCUGGCCAAACAACUAGCUAAGCUCUCAGCAGCCAAUCCUGGAAAGAUUGCACCACUAAUUAGAGCUGGUCUAGAGGAAGGAGCCCAAACGUUCCUACAAAAAUACUUUGCAGCAGCCAAUGUUUCCAUAGCAUGAUCAUAUCAGUUCUACUGCCUAGGAAUACUGAAUGUUUAUAUUUUCAAACAUUUUUAAAAAAUGUUGUGCUGUCAUUUCCAGCCUGGUCUGUUCAACAAAUACAACUCAGCCUUGAGUGUUCUGUACAUUACUGAUUAAUGCUGAAUAGUGAAGGGAAUCUCCAUAUAAAUGGUGCAGAGAGGCUAAUGUUCAAAUCUAGACCUCUGAUGUGUAAAUCAAGAAAGUGCUUUGUUAUCUGUUGGAAAUAAAUUUUGAAAUCAAA